CCAUGCAGCGAAGCUGCCAAGGGCCGUGGGCAGCGCCGCUCUCUGCCGCCCACCUGGCGCUGUGAGACGGGCGCUGCCACCAUGUUUCCCAGCCCUGCGCUCACACCCACGCCAUUCUCUGUCAAAGACAUCCUGAACCUGGAGCAGCAGCAGCGCAGCCUGGCCGCCGGGGAACUCUCGGCGCGCCUGGAGGCCACCCUGGCGCCCGCCUCCUGCAUGCUGGCGGCCUUCAAGCCCGAGGCCUACGCGGGGCCCGAGGCAGCGGCGCCGGGCCUCCCGGAGCUGCGAGCCGAGCUGGGCCCUGCGCCUUCGCCUGCCAAGUGCGUGCCUGCCUUCCCCGCUGCAUCCACCUUCUAUCCGCGCGCGUAUGGCGACCCCGACCCUGCCAAGGACCCGCGAGCAGAUAAGAAAGAGCUGUGUGCGCUGCAGAAGGCUGUAGAGCUGGAGAAGCCGGAGGCGGACGGCGCGGAGCGGCCCAGGGCGCGACGGCGGAGGAAGCCGCGGGUGCUCUUCUCGCAGGCGCAGGUCUACGAGCUGGAGCGGCGCUUCAAGCAGCAGCGGUACCUGUCCGCCCCAGAGCGUGACCAGCUGGCCAGCGUGCUAAAGCUCACGUCCACGCAGGUCAAAAUCUGGUUCCAGAACCGGCGCUACAAGUGCAAGCGGCAGCGACAGGACCAGACUCUGGAGCUGGUGGGGCUUCCCCCGCCUCCACCACCUCCCGCGCGCAGGAUCGCGGUGCCAGUGCUGGUGCGCGACGGCAAGCCGUGCCUAGGGGACUCGGCGCCCUACGCUUCCGCUUACGGCGUGGGCCUCAACGCCUACGGCUAUAACGCCUAUCCCGCCUACCCAGGUUACGGUGGCGCGGCCUGCAGCCCUGGCUACAGCUGCGCCGCUGCUUACCCUGCUGGGCCGCCGCCAGCGCAGCCGGCCACCGCCGCCACCAACAACAAUUUCGUGAACUUCGGCGUCGGGGACUUGAAUGCGGUGCAGAGCCCAGGAAUUCCGCAGGGCAACUCGGGGGUGUCCACGCUGCAUGGUAUCCGAGCCUGGUAGGGAAGGGACCCGCCUGGGGCGCCACUGAACGAUCCCACCUCAAUGGAGGGGCACUGACUCUCAGGGGGAGGGAGGGCUCCCGUCAGGGCCGUGGACCCCUUGGAUUUCACAUUCACUCCCGCGGAGGUCUCGGAACAUUUUUCCGACCCGUGCGCCUUUCUCUCCCCGCUCGGGAGUUUGUGGCCUAGUUUACGCAGCAGCCUGUGGUGAGCGAACCCACAGCCUGAUGCCUUAGCCACCGCCCCGGGAGUGCCUUCCGAGCGCCCAUGGGCACCCUCAAUGGGCCGAACACCAGCCAAUUGGGGCUGAGAGUCCGGGCGCGCGGGGCCUAAGAUCCAGCCGCCCUUCCCCCAGCCUGGGCCCGGCGCCCGGGCCCUCAGCUGACUUGCCAUCGCCUCCCACCCACCCGUAUUUAUGUUUUUACCUGUUGCUGUUAAGAAAUGAGACACCCUUUCGCAUUAAAGAGA